AUGCACUAAUUGAUUAAUGAACUAAAAAGAGAAACAAAAGAAAAAUAUAUACAUUAGAAAACUAAAAUUUAGACUUUUAAAAUGUUUCACCGUACAAUACAACUUUCAAAGAUUAUUUUUUUCCUAAAUUUGUACUCUUAACUAUGCAAUGCAUUAGUCAGCAUUUGGCAUUAAAAUAUGCAGGCAACAGCCCACCAUACCAGUUUUUCACACAUAACAUAGAAAGAGCAGUUGUUUCAUGGAUCCGUCAAUUCAUCAACGCGCACACACAACUUGUAAAUAAAAAAUGUACUAGAACAAACAAUACCAACAACAAGGAAGAAGUGAAAAUCAAUCACCUCCACUGCAUUAAUGUGCUUCACGGCCUCACACAUGACACAACAAACAACCUUUUAAACAAGACGGUGCUGAUGCUGAUGCUGAAUCAACCAAAGUCAAAGUCAGAUCUACAUGUUUUAUGACAUACAUAUCAUAUCCAAUUCAAAUUCUCAUCUACCGUACCACUUCUUUCAUUCAUUACCAUACUCAUCCCUUUACACUUUGCCAGCUAGCACCACCAUCACUCUUCUACUCUUACAAACUUCCAUAAUUUUCUGAAAGAAACCACCGACCAAACAAACAAACAUCAUCAUGGUAGUAGUAGUAGUAACAAAACAUUGGUUUUCACCAUCCCAUGUUUUUGUUCUUGUUCUUUUCAUUUCAAUCUUCCUCAUGUCAAAACCAUGUUUCUGUGGUAUUCAAUAUACAGGCCAAAUCUUACCUGGUACUCAAGGUUCAGAAAUGGAUUGGGUUGACAAAGAAGGAAAAUUCCUCAUCUCAAAAAACCAAAAUUUUGUUUUUGGUUUUACCACCACCGCCAAUGACACAACCAAGUUUCUAUUAGUAAUCGUCCAUGUACCAAGCUCCAAAGUGAUUUGGACUGCUAAUAGAGCAAAACCUGUUUCUAAUUCUGAUGAUUUUGUCUUUGAUAAAAAGGGUAAUGCUUUUUUACAAAAAGAUCGAAUUUUGAUCUGGUCUACAAACACAAUUAACAAAGGGGUUUCUUCAAUGAUGUUGCAGGAUAAUGGAAAUUUGGUUUUGCUUGGGAGUGAUAACAGUACGGUAAUUUGGCAAAGUUUUGAUUUUCCUACUGAUACUUUGUUGCCUGAACAGGUUUUCAAAGAGGGAAUGAAACUUACUAGUGAACCUAGUUUGAAUAAUUUGACCUAUGUUCUUGAGAUUAAAUCUGGUAAUGUUGUUCUUUCAGCUGGUUUCAAAAUUCCUCAGGUUUAUUGGUCUAUGGAGAAUGAUAACCGUAAAAUCGUUGAUAAGGUUGGUGAUGUUGUGGUUUCGGCAAAUAUAAGUGAUAAUUCUUGGAGAUUUUAUGAUGACAAAAAGUCUUUGUUGUGGCAAUUCAUUUUCUCUGAUAUUGCAGGUGUGAAAAAUGCAACUUGGGUUGCUGUUUUGGGAAAGGAUGGUGUUAUUACUUUCUCUAGUCUUAACAGCGGUGGAUCCAACAGUGAGUCAUCGACAAGGAUACCGCAAGAUCCUUGUGCUACACCGGAGCCUUGUGAUCCUUACAAUAUAUGCACAGGCAACCGUGCGUGUAGUUGUCCUUCUGUUGUUCCUAGUUGUAAACCUGGUUUUGUUUCUGCUUGUGAUGAAAAAUCAGAAAAGUCUAUCGAAUUUCUGAAAGGUGAUGAUGGGCUUGAUUACUUUGCACUUGAUUUUCUUCAGCCUUUUUCGAAAACCAAUUUGGUAGGUUGUCAAACGUCUUGCCGUGGAAAUUGCUCUUGUCUGGCAAUGUUUUUUCAUAAAAGUUCAGGAAACUGUUUCCUGUUGGAAAGGGUAGGAAGUUUUCAGAAAUCUAAUGACGGAGAUUCUGCUUAUGUUUCUUACAUUAAGGUCUCAAGCAAUGGAAACACAAAAGGAAGUGGAAGUAGCAAUAAACACAUCAUUGUUGUUGUUGUAAUUGUCAUAUUAACUUUGUUUGUAAUUUCUCUUCUGCUCUUUGUUGGGGUUAGAUACUACAGGAAAAAGAAAAGGUUACCGGAGUCUCCUAGAGAAUCAGAAGAGGACAAUUUCUUGGAGAAUUUAACCGGUAUGCCGAUCCGUUACCGAUACAAAGAUCUCGAAGUUGCAACUAAUAACUUCUCAGAGAAGCUUGGCUCAGGAGGUUUUGGUUCAGUCUACAAAGGAGUUCUACCUGAUGGAACUCAAUUAGCUGUGAAGCAGCUAGAAGGUAUUGGUCAAGGGAAGAAAGAGUUCAGAGCUGAAGUUAGCAUCAUUGGAAGCAUUCAUCACCUUAAUUUGGUAAGGCUUAAAGGUUUUUGUGCUGAUGGAACACACAGGCUUCUAGUUUAUGAGUUUAUGGCUAAUAACUCAUUGGAUAAAUGGAUAUUCAAGAAGAAAAAAGGCGAAUUUCUUUUGGAUUGGGAUACGAGGUUUAACAUAGCAGUAGGAACAGCAAAAGGGCUAGCGUAUUUACACGAAGAUUGUGACUCAAAGAUUGUUCAUUGUGACAUCAAGCCUGAAAAUGUACUCCUUGAUGAUCAUUUCACGGCUAAAGUUUCAGAUUUUGGUUUAGCCAAGCUCAUGAAUAGAGAACAAAGUCAUGUUUUUACAACAAUGAGAGGAACACGCGGCUACCUUGCACCUGAAUGGAUAACAAACUACGCUAUAUCAGAGAAAAGUGAUGUAUACAGCUAUGGAAUGGUGUUGCUAGAGAUUAUCGGAGGAAGGAAGAAUUAUGACACUAAUGAGAGUUCAGAGAAAAGCUAUUUUCCUAGUUUUGCUUUUAAGAUGAUGGAAGAAGGGAAAAUGAGAGAUAUACUUGAUUCUGAGCUGAAAAUUGAUGAGCAUGAUGAUAGGGCUCAAUGUGCUAUAAGGGUAGCAUUGUGGUGCAUACAAGAAGACAUGUCUAUGAGACCUUCAAUGACUAAAGUUGUUCAAAUGUUGGAAGGUCUUUGUGCUGUUCCUAUACCACCAACUAGUUCAUAUUUGGGUUCUCGGCUUUAUGCUACCGCGUUCAAAUCAUCUAGUGAAGGUGGUAACUCUUCUGCUCCAUCAGACGGUAAUAGUAAUAGUGAUGCUUAUCUAUCGGCAGUUCGUCUUUCUGGCCCAAGAUAACAGCAACAAUAGAUCUAUGUAUUUUUCUUUUUUCUUUUUUGGUGUUUUGAUUUAGUAAUAUUGAGGAAAUUAAUAUGUAAUUAAUCAUGUGCUAUUUUCUGGCUUGGUUACUCCUGUAUAGGGAUUUUAUUUUAUACAUUUGUAUGUUGUAAAUUUUGUUUUGUAAGUUCCUGAAAUCUUUGUAUCCUAGUAUUAGCCUAUAGUAUUUUAGAGUCAACAAUGGAUUUCUCAUUUUA